UUUAUGACAUUACUAUCUCUAAAGAAGAAUUAGCACCUGACGGUUUUACUCGAGAGAUGUACACUAUAAAUGGUCAAUUUCCUGGUCCCCUCAUUGAAGUUAAUAAAGGUGACACUUUAGUUCUUAAUGUCCACAAUGAUUUAGAAGAUGAGACAACGAUUCAUUCACAUGGAAUGUUUCAACGUGGGACUCCUUGGUAUGACGGUGUUCCUGGACAAACACAGCGUGGCAUUCCACCAAAAAAAUCAUUUACCUACGAAUUUAAAGUGGAUCAAAGCGGGACUUACUGCCAUUCACAUUCGAAUGCUCAAUAUAUUGAAGGGGUUGUUGGUGCCCUUAUAGCUCACGAUCCAGAUGAUCCUUAUCUUGAAGAUUAUGAUGAGGAAAUUGUAGUAUUACUACAAGAUUGGUAUCAUAAGGAUUCGAAGAUCUUGUUGUCUGAAUUCAUGAAUCCUGCAAACGUAAACGGAAGUGAACCAACACCUGAUAAUGGUUUGAUUAAUGGAAAAAAUUCUUACAACUGCUCUUGGGCACCGGCAGGCAAAUAUUGGAUGCGCUCGGAAAUGGAAACUGCAUGUCUCGCCACUGAAUCAGAUAAGCUAAAUCCUCUUGUAAAAGCCAUUGUUGAAUAUGAAGGUCAUGAUAUUGAUGAUGAUCCAAAAUCGGUUGCCUGGACUGAAACCCCUGAAACUUGUGUAGAUUUGGAUUCAUCAAAUUUAAAACCUUAUAAUGAACAAAAGGUUCCAGACGUGGAUUAUAAAUUAAUAGUAGAUGUUAAUUUCCAUCCAGAUGAUAAAGGUAUCGUCAGGGGAUAUAUAAACAAUUCAACAUAUUUAUUGGAUGCGAAAUACCCUACACUUCAUAAAGUAUUCGAUAAUGUGAAAGAAUAUCCAGCUGAUCAAAAUGCUUACUUAAUUGAGAACAAUAAAGUUGUUGAUAUUAUUUUGUCAAAUUAUAACUAUUUAAAUUUCAAAGACCCUAUACAACGUGAUACUGUUACUGUUCCUCCUGAUGGGUGCGUUAAAUUUGUAAAUUUAAAUUUGUCAACUUUUGUUUUAAUAAUAUUAAAAAUAUUUAAUUUUGCCACCAGAUGGACCAUCCUUCGAUUUGUAUCAGAUAACCCUGGUGUAUGGGGAUUUCACUGUCACAUUGAAUGGCAUGUACAAUCAGGUUUAGUUAUGCAAUUCAUCGCCCAACCAGAUAAAAUCAGAGAAUUAAAAGCACCUGAUGAGUGGGCACAAUUAUAA